GGUGGGGGAAUGGUGGCUGCGUGGACAGAAGGUGACACUGCGUGUUGUAACUGGGUCACUAGAGAGUGUCCCAGGCCUGUUACGCAAGCAGAGACAUGCUUAUGUGGUAGCCAACAGCCACCUGCUCCCUCUGCUUUUUGGCUGAUAGGACAGCUCCAGCUCUACAGGCUUCUCAGUUUAGGUCUAAUUUUAUUUCUGUAUCUCUUAGCCAGUUGUUCUGCACAUUUCCUGGUAACUCCCUUUCUUCUGCCUAUGAGUGACUUGCCAAAGCUUGUCCCAGUCCUAUUCUCUCUCAAGCUCAAUUUUUUUUUCUCUCCUGGUAGAAGCAGCCUUUUGCACAUUGCUCCGCUUCCCCUCCCCUCCAGCCUUUGUUUCCUUGUGUUUGUGCUGGGAGAUGUUUGUUCAGUGGCAGGUUUCUCCCUCAGCAGCUUUUCAUUGUUUUAUCCUCAGUCCCGGUGUGCUGUGCCCUGACCCCGGUCAGCAGGCUCAGCCUGCCCAGCAGGCAGCCAGCCUGAGGCACGGUGCGGUCCUCACAAUGCUAUUUUCUUCUCGUCCUAAUACCUACAUUAAUCAAAACGCAGCAAGAGCAACCCUUGAUCUUCGGCACUCCAGAGAAAGGUGUGCCAAGACCAACUGCCCAUGGGACCACAUCACUGUUGAUCCUGUAAGUCACUGCACCAAGCUCCUGGUUCUCUGGUGCUGUGCCUCCCAGCUCUCUCCUUCUUCCUGACCUACAGGCCGGUAGGGUGUCCUUCCUAGCAGGAUCUGUAUAUUUUGGUUUCUGUCACCCAACCUCUGCUCAGUCCUCGCCUUCGCUAUUCCCUGGGAAGAGCGGCAGCUUUCUUUGGGCCUGUGGUGUCAGCUGGGUUUGUGCCAUGUUGCAAGCGGGGUGGUAACGGGCCGUGUCUCUCUCUCUGCAGCCUGCGGAGCUGUGUCCCCUGCUAUGAUGCCAGGGCAGAUCCCCGACCCGUCGCUGACGGCUGGCGCGCUGCCUGGGCUUGGCCCCUUGACGGGACUGCCUGGCACCGCCCUGACCGCCGAGGAGCUGAAGUACGCCGACAUCCGCAACAUCGGGGCCAUGAUCUCGCCGCUCCACUUCCUGGAGGUGAAGCUUGGGAAGAGGCCCCAGCCCGUGAAAAGUGAGCUUGAUGAGGAAGAGGAGAGGAGGAAAAGGCGCCGGGAGAAAAACAAAGUAGCAGCAGCGCGAUGUCGUAACAAGAAGAAGGAGAGGACAGAGUUCCUGCAGCGGGAGUCUGAGCGUCUGGAGCUCAUGAACGCGGAGCUGAAGGCCCAGAUAGAAGAGCUGAAACAAGAGAGGCAGCAGCUGAUCCUGAUGCUGAACCGGCACCGUCCGACCUGCAUCGUGCGGACAGACAGCAUCAAGACGCCCGAGAGCGAAGCCAACCCGCUGCUGGAGCAGCUAGAGAAGAAGUGAAGGUGGCACUGGGCCAGGAGGAGGAGACAGUGGCGCAGGGUCUUCCAGGGUCUCUAAUGUAUGUACUGUAUGAAGAACUGUGCACCGAGGCCUGGUGCAUCCAGGACCCAGUGGGCUUCCUUGGGAACUAUGGACCAAACAAAUUUGGGGGCAGAGAAGAUUGGGAACCUGUCAACCAUCUACUCUGAGGCUUAACCCGGGAGCAGGGCUAGCGGCGUGGGCGAGGGUAACCUCUCUGUGAUACCUCAUCGCGGCCCUUCGGCCUGCUUGUGGCCCCGGGGACCUACGGCACAGCAGCACGUCCUGUGAGGAGGAGGAGGAGAGGAGGAUGAACGGGAGGAGUCCUGCUUCGCCCUCUCUCUUCCCCACAGCCCCUCAGCGUGCCGGUGGGGAGCGGGGCCCGCAGGUGGGAGGGACGGCGGUGGGGCAGCGGAGCAGUGCCUGCAGCACUCCUGCCUCGCCGUGUGCCAGAGCCGUCCCCGGAGGCCGCCGCCGCUCCUGGCGCACACUCCGCAUGGAAACCCCAACCGAAGAACCGCAAACACUUGACGCGGCCCCGUCGGGUGGGCAGGCCUGUCGGGGCUCGGUGGCGCAGGCGCCCCCCACAAGCACACUCUCAGUAUAAUGUUUACAGCCCAGCUGUCCGCGUCGGCCGUGCUUUUGAAUGCACAUUUUUACACUUUUUUAAGAUAUUUUUUACAAAGUUUUUUAUACAGCGAUCUCUAUAUGGAUUUAUAUAAUCACUAGAUGUGAUCCCAUAGAAAUGUAUGUUAUGAUGGUCUGUUUGUUACAAAUGCAUAUGCCACAGUUAUCUCCAUUGUGUUACUUGUCCGGCGGCGUCCGGCUCCUUCCGCCAGCAUGCUGGGAAGGGGGUCCAGCAGCCCUUCGCAGGGGCGUCGCUGCCGUCUCCAUCCAUGUAUGUCCUUCAUAAUACUCAGUUCUGUAUCUCUCAGUAAAUGUUACCUUUACAUA